GAGGAAGAGAGAUAAGUGGGGCAAAAGGUUUGGUUUUGUUAGAAUGGCAGAGGCGCAAAACCAGGUUCAGAUGGAGAAGAGGCUGAAUGAGAUGUGGAUCGAUUAUUAUAAGAUGAGAGUAAAAAUUGCAAAUAAGAGCCAGAAUCAAGGAGCUGUUGUGGGUGACAGCGGUGAAGGGGAACAGGUGGAUGUAAGGCCAGCAAAUGUGAAAGAGAGGGUCCGGGAAGCGAUAGAACCAGUAUCAGUUCAAGCAUUACGACUCGUGGAGAAGGAAGAAGUGGGGUCGUGUGCAAAGGCGAGUGCAAAGGAGGGGAAGAUGGGUGGGGUUGAGAAACAACAUGAGAAGGUGAUCAUUGAAAUCUCACCGACGGAGGAGGAGCUUCAGUGGCUGGAAGGAAGUAUGGUGGCUUCGAUGAAGUCGUUAGUGUGGAUAACGAGUAUACAAGAUCGAAUGGAUGUAGAUGGAGGGUUGAUAACUUUAUCACCAUUAGGAGGACAAUUAGUGCUGUUAAUUGAGCGACAUCUGUGCAGAGAUGUCGAUUGGCCUGGUUACGAAUUUCAGGGGUACCGUUGCAAGCCUAGAAUGAUCGAUGUUUCGAAAUGGGUGCUGGUCCUCUGUUCUGCUGCAUCUAAAGUCUCAAAAUCCAUUAUGCUGAAGGUGGAUGAGAAGCUGUAUGAAAUAGAAGUGGUGGAAGAGGAAUGGCGAUCGGAUCCAGAUUGGUGGCUGGCAGAAGAAGACCAACGGAGCUCGAUGAGCACUGCAUCGGAAACUCAUUCAAUGCAGAGCGAAGAUGACGGGCACGAAUUAACCACUAACGGGAUUAGCAACAAGGAUUAUGACAGUAUAGAUGUGGAGUCGUUACACAAAGAAGGUUUUUUGAAUUCAAGAUUGCAAGAGAUAACGGCAUGCAACAACAAUGCCAAUUUUGAUUUGCCGCUGGAAUUUGGAGAAGUUAAUGGGCAUGAUGAAGGCGAGGCGAAUGACGAGGGGAAUGGGUUGAUAGGGAGUGAUGUCCAUAAUGGGCUGGAGGAGAGUAUUGGGUUUACUAAAGGCCCAACAAAUGAGGAGGUGAGGAAGAUGAUGAAUAUAAGGAGAAGGUUGGGGAUGCAAUUUCAGGAAAAUGAAGAAGAGAUUGAAUCUAGACUAUGUGUGAUGGAGGAACAGGAUGAGAGGAAAGGGAAAAAUCCGGGUUUAGGGAGUAUGUUGAAGAGGAAGGAAGUGGCGAAAUUAGUGCAAGUAGAAAGACCAAAUUUCUUGUUUCUACAAGAGACCAAAUUAGAAGAGAUGGAUGAGGGUCUUUGUGGAAUGGUGUGGCAUUCAAAGGGUUUUGAGUGGGUUGUGAAAAGGUCUAUAGGGGCUUUAGGCGGUUUGCUCUGUGUGUGGGAUAGGAUGAAUUUUAGUAAGCUGGGUCAAUUUACAGGAGAUGGUUAUCUGGGAAUAAAAGGGCUUUGGGGUCUGAAGAAGGAAAUGUGUUAUCUCGUGAAUGUUUAUGCUCCAACUAAUAGAACGAAAAAAGCUAAGUUAUGGGAUGAGUUGAGGCAAAUGAUUAUGGAGGAAGGAGGAAGAUGGCUGAUCGCAGGGGAUUUUAAUGCAGUACAUAGUAUUGAAGAAAGGAGGGGUAGAACAGGGGAGAGUCCAGAUAUGAAGGAAUUUAAUGAUUUUAUAGAGGCAGUGGGGUUGGUGGACCAUAAAUUGGCGAAUCGAAGAUUCAAAUGUUAUAGACCAGAUGGCACAUCUAUGAGUUGUUUGGAUAGGGUAUUGAUGACAAGUGAGAUGACCAAAUUGGGUGGAGAAUGGGUGCAACAAGGUUUAAAGAGAACUAUUUCAGAUCAUUGUGCGAUCGUUAUGAAAACCAGAGUAUCGGAUUGGGGUCCUAAACCCUUUAGGGUUCUUGAUGUUUGGCAACAACAUCCGAAGUUUAAGAGGGUGGUUGAGGAACAGUGGAAUGCAAUGGCAAUGGAUGGGUUUGCAGGCUAUAGAUGUAAAAAAAAAUUGAAGAUGUUGAAAGAAUUCUUGCAAGAAUGGAACAAAGGGGUGUUUGGGGAUAUAGAGGCUCAAUUUGAAAGGGCAGCUGCCAAAGUUGCACAUGUGCACAUGAAGAAUGAAGAUUUUACAUUGGAUGAAGAUGAGGUACAUGAAAGACAGGAGGGCUUUCAGGAGAUAUGGGAUAGUAUGAGGAAGAGGGAAGCUUUAUGGAGGCAGAAGUCAAGAAGUAACUGGGUAAAAUUGGGGGAUGCAAAUACCAAAUUUUUCCAUAAAAUUGCAAAUGGACGAAAGGCUUGUAAUGGCAUUGUAGGGCUCUUAUGUGAUGGACAAUGGGUGGAGGAGCCAAAGCUGGUAAAGAAGGCAGCUGUUGAUUAUGUUCAAAAGUUGUUUUCUAGAGGAUCAUGGAAUCAUCCAAAACCUUCUGGUAUUAUUUUCAAGCAAAUUUCUGAGGAGAUGAAGGUAUGGCUAGAAAGACCAUUUUCGAUAGAAGAGAUUGAAGAUGGAUUGAAGAGUUGUGAAGGGAAUAAAGCACCAGGACCGGAUGGAUACAACUUUAAUUUUAUCAAAUUUGCUUGGAACAGCUUGAAGGAGGAUUUUGUGAGUUUUUUUGGGGAGUUUCAUCAACAUGGCAGGUUUGGUUUUGGAGUGCGAUGGAGAAGAUGGAUAAAGGAGUGUUUUUCAACAGCCAUAAUCUUAGUGUUAGUGAAUGGAAGCCCAACCGAGGAGUUUACAAUGGGAAAAGGGUUAAGGCAAGGGGAUCCUUUAUCCCCUUUUUUGUUUUUGAUGAUUACCGAGGGGUUACAUGGUCUAGUCAAAAAAGCUGAGACAGAGGGUCUGAUACAUGGAAUCGACGGAAGAGGGAGGUUGGGUCGAGAAAAGGGUGAAGAGGUGGUGCUGUGGGAGGUGCUAAGCAGAGUACAAAUCAUGGAAGGCCGUGAAGAUUGCUGGAAGUGGAUGCAUGAUGCAGAAGGGAAAUAUGCAGUGAAGAAGGCUUAUGAGUUUCUGUCACCAAUGGAGUCCAUUCUUCCUGAUCAAAUUUUGGGAGGGGUGAUGGAGUUUUUCUUGUAUGAGUUGGGAGGUUUGGUAGGGAGGGAGCUAGGGGCCUGUCUUUUCCUUGUUGGGUCUUGGUAUAUUUGGUAUUUGAGGAACAUUAGAGUUUUCCAGAACAAAGGGGAGUGUAGGGACGAUUUGCUUCAUAUGAUUCAGUCCAAAACGUUUUUGUGGAUCAAAAAUAAGGUGGCUGGAAGUGUCUUCUCAUUGUUUGAUUGGCAAUUUAAUCCACUGGAAUGUGCUGCUGCCAUAAGGAAGCAUAGAAGCCUGCUAAGGGAGUUCCGUAAGCGCAAAAAUGGAGAGUAUGCUGAGUUAGUGUGACUGGAUUUUUUGGUUUAAAUGUUUCUUGAGAAUUUGUUUCUUAGUUAGACUAUUUUAGUAGUUUGUAUUAGGGUUAGAGUACCCCUUGUACUCUAUCUAAUCAAAUCUCAUUUACUUU